AGGCUUUUCGGCCGACGUAGGCAGGGCAUCCAGAUCUUGCGCUUCCGCUCUCCGCGCCGCAGCCUGGAGCCCCCCUUGCCAUGGCACGCAGGUACGACUCCCGCACCACCACCUUCUCGCCCGAGGGCCGCCUGUACCAGGUGGAGUAUGCCAUGGAGGCCAUCAACCUUGCCGGCUCCACCGUCGGCGUACUGGCCAAGGAUGGCGUGGUGCUUGCUGGGGAGAAGAAGACCAUCUCCAAGCUGUUGGACCAGGCCAAGCAGCACGAGAAGAUCUUCCAGAUCGACUCGCACAUGUUCUGUGCCGUGGCGGGCAUCCCCUCGGACGCGAACAUCCUGAUCGACAAGCUGCGUCUCACCGCGAGGCGGCACGCCUACGUGUACGGCGAGCCCAUGCCGGUUGAACCGCUUGUCACCUCCAUCUGCAAUGAGAAGCAAAGCUACACACAAUAUGGAGGUCUGCGCCCCUUCGGCGUCUCCUUCUUGGUGGCCGGCUACGACAGCGCGCAUGGCUUUCAGCUUUACCACACCGACCCCUCUGGCAAUUUCAGCGGCUGGAAGGCCUACGCCAUCGGCAUCAACAACAACACCGCACAACAGAUCAUGAGGCAGGACUGGAAGGAGGGCUUGGCACUGCAGGAGGCGCUUGAGCUGACCGCCAAGGUGCUCACGAAGACAAUGGACACUGCCAACCCCACUGCCGAGAAGUUGGAGUUUGGCGUGGUCGAGAGGACGCCUCAGGGGGAGGUGCAGUUCAGGAUGCUCAAGGAGGCAGAGGUGAACAAGCUCAUGGCGGACGCCGCCCCUAAGGAGGGCGAGGAGGGCGAUACUACGGGUGAGGCCAAGUGAGCGUGCGGCCUCUUGCGCGUCCAGAGCUGUUGGGGCAUUUUGCUGCAUGCGCCCGCUGCUGUGAGCUGCGUGAUUGGCCCAAGGCCUCCCCCCUCCCCCCUCCUCUGCGCCAGCGUGCCAGGCCGCUCCUCCUCAGUGGCUCCCCGUUGUG